AAUAUUUUCCAAAAAUUAAAACCAUAAUACAGCAAUACAUCCUAUAUAAAUAUGUGUAUUUUUAUACAAAUAACAAUCAAAUAGUGCAACUGAAGAAUUAUCAAUAUAUACAGUAUUAAAAUUCAAAGUUGUUAUCUGUUAAUUAAUUCAUAGAGAUGGAAAGUUUCAAUGAUUCACCUUUAGAGUGGGAAAAUGAAUUAGAAGAAGAUAAUGAAAAUGAAAAAUGGGUUGUAAAACAAAAUAUCAUGUUCCUAAUUGAUGCAUCAAAACCAAUGUUUAAUACUUUUAAUAACAAAAAUUUUUUUUCAACGAGUAUUGAAAUUUGUAAAGCCGUUGUAAUGAAACUCAUAAGAAUGAAUAGGAAUGAUAAAAUAGGUGUAAUGUUAUUUGGAACAAAUGAUAAUAAUAAGACUUGUCCAAAUAAUAUUAAUAUUUUAUGCCAAAUAAAAAAACCAGGCAUUCAUACCAUUAACAUACUUGAUGAUGUUAUGUUAUCUGAUUUAACAAGAUAUGGGCAAUCUCAAUUUUUACCAUUAGCAGAUGCUUUAUGGUAUAGUAACUACCUUAUAAAAAAAUGUGAUGAAAAUCAAAGUCGUAGCUCAAUAAUUCUCAUAACAUGCAAUGAUCAACCAAUGAUUGGAGACUCUAAAAAACAAUUCAAUUUAAGAAAAAGAUUAGAUGAUGUGAUUAAAAAUGAUAUUGAUUUUAAAUUUAUACCUCUUGGUGCAACUUUUAAUAUGAACAUUUUUUAUGAAAAAAUUCUGAAUAAAUUCAACAAUAUCACCAUACCUUCCAAUGGAUUAAAAAACAUUGAUGAUAUUAUGUCAGAAAUUAAUGAAAAAAUGAAACACGGAAGAAGUGUGUCCAAAAUCAAAUUUUUUAUUGAUAAUAAUAAUUUUAUUUGUACUUCAAUUUACAAUUUUUAUACAAAAUCUAAAAUACCAUCAAAAGUUAAAUUGGACAAAAACACCAACAAACCUUUGAAAUCAAUGAGCCAAAUAUUUACAACUGAUACCAAUGAACUAGUGUGUACAUCCGAUCUUGGAAAAUAUUGUAUUAUAGCCCAACGUACAAUAGUAUUUAAAAGUGAAGAUCUUCCAAUAUUAAAAAGCAGCAUUAUUGAACCGGGUACCAUUAAAUUACUUGGUUUUACAAACAAAGAGAAUAUUUUAAUUUUAUACCAUUUUAAAACUUCUUCCUUUAUUCAGCCUGAUAAUGUUUCGUUAGAAGGAAGUUCCUUAUUUUUUAAUUCUUUACUUGAGUGUUGUUUAGAAAUGAAUAAAAUAAUAAUUUGCUUUUUGAAAAUUCGAAAAGGUGGAAGAGGUCAUUUAGUUGCCUUAUUACCUCAAACUGAAAUUUUAGACGAUUAUGGUACUCAAAAAUAUCCACCUGGCUUUCAUGUUAUUUACUUGCCAUUUUCAGAUUGUAUCAGAACCAUUAAAACACAAGAACCAAAUUAUAGUUUACCAAAAAUAACGGAACAACAAAUUAACAUAGCAAAAAACAUUUGUGAAAAAUUGUCAUUUGAUUAUUACCCAGCAAUAAUCAAAAAUCCAAAAAUAAAUUGUCACUGGGCUAUGCUGGAGGCAUUAGCAUUAGAAUUAGAAGCACCUAACGUUACUGAUGAAACUCUUCCGACAAAUUUUAUUGGAAACAAAUUGAAUCUAAUAAAAAAUGAUAUUUAUGAAUAUCUUUUUCCAAAACAUAAUAACAUAUUAAAAACACCUGUAGCAAAAAAGAGGGUUCCUAGUACUUCUCAUGAUAACAAAAGAGCAUUGAAAAAACAAAAAUAAGUUAUAUUAAAUUGUAUUAAUUAUUUAAAUGUUUUUAAAAUCAUCAUAUGUAAUGUUUUACAAUUUGAAUGGCAAUAAAUUGAAUGCAUUAAUAUAAA